AUGGUUGAAGCAGACAAGAAGAGCCUUAUGGAGUACAGAUACCUAGGUAAUACUGGUAUUAAAGUAUCAGCAAUCUCAUUCGGAAAUAUGGUAAAUCACCUUGCUGAAAAUGCACAAGCUUCUCUCAAUGAAAUUGUUGCCAGAUGCUUAGAAUAUGGAGUUAACUUCUUUGAUACUGCUGAAGCUUACGCUGGUGGUUUAGCUGAGACUUAACUCGGACAAUCAUUCAUAGACCUCAAAGUUAGAAGAGAAGACAUUGUUGUAUCAACAAAGCUAUUUUUCGGAACUGAAGGAAUUUUUAGUAGUGCUAACCCUCCAGUUAAUGGACUUGGAUUAAGCAGGAAGCACAUCAUUGAGGGCACAAGAAACUCACUAAAGAGACUUCAACUUAGUUAUGUUGAUGUGAUUUAUGCUCAUAGAUAUGAUUAACAUACACCACUUGAGGAAGUGGUAAGAGCUUUCUCAUGGGUAGUCGAUCAAGGCCUUGCAUUUUAUUGGGGAACCUCAGAAUGGAACUCAGAUCAAAUCGCUGAAGCCAUCCUUUUUGCAAGAGCUCAUGGCCUCCAUGAACCUGUUACUGAGUAGCCUUAAUACAGUAUGCUUAUCAGAGAUAGAUUUGAAAAAGAGUACGGAACAACUAUCUUCGAAAAAUAUAGAUAUGGAUCUACCGUUUGGUCUCCAUUAGGUUAAGGUGUGCUUACUGGAAGAUACAAUGAUGGAAAUGUAGCUGAAGGAAGAUUCACUCAAGAUCCAACCUUUAAGGAUUUCAUUCUAGGAUAAUUCUUCUCCCCAGCAAAGAAGGAAAAGAGCAUCUAGAUUUUACAAGGAUUAGCAGAACUUUCUCAGGAACUAGGAUAUACUUAAUCUUAACUAGCUCUUGCUUGGGCUCUUGCUAACAAAGAUGUGAGCACAUUGAUCCUAGGAUUCUCCAAGGUCUCCUAUGUUGACGAGAAUUUGAAGGCUUUAGAGUUGUAUAGAAAGUGGAAUAAGGAAAUCGAACAAAAAUGCGAAGCUCUCUUAUCAAACCAACCACAAGGAACCACGGACUACAGAACAUUUGCACCCAAUGCAACCAGAAGAACUCAUGCUGUAUUCAACAAGAAAUGA